AUGUAUAGAACAAAAUAAUCAUAUAGUGAGUAUGACUCUUCCAACAUAAAUAAUUCAAAAAUGAUAACUUAGAAAUACUAAAAUUAACAAUAUUAUAAUGAUAAUAGUGGAAGAUUAGGAAUUGCUUUACCUGAAUUAUAAAAAUAUUAAAAAUAAUGCUUACAAUAAACUAAUCCUACUUAAAGAAGUGAUUUAGAUAGAGAAAUGACAUGGACUAAGAAAUAAAUUAUUAAAGAAUAAAAAAUCCAACAUAAUAGAAGAAUUAGAUAAAAAUUAGAUUCAGAUAAUUCAUUUAGUUAAAAUUAUAGUGUUGAUGAUCAAAUAAGAAUAAGAAGAAAAGCUAAUUUAUCAUCUUAUAUGUUUGGUGGUUUUGUUUUACAGGAUUAUAAUGAAUAAGUUAACAAAUUACAUAAAUUAUUGUUAAAGAAAGUUAUCCUUAAUAGAUGA